UCACCAUGGCAGGCACCACCAAGGUCGCAGUGGUUUUGGGCAUUGUUCUAGUUUUUCUGCAGGUGUUGUGCGCCGUUUCCGGGCGGCCCACUGUCACAGAAGGCAAGUUUGAACUUCGACAGAACGUCCCGGCGACAAUGACGGUGAACGGCUUCCAGCAAGGAGAGACGGGCGGCGGGCCGGCGUCGUGCGACGGUCAGUUCCACAGCGACGACGACUUCGUGGUGUCGCUCUCGUCGGAGUGGUACGCCAACGGGGCCCGGUGCGGCAAGUUCAUCCGCCUCGCCAACUCAGGCAACAUUCACAUAAACGCCAUGGUCGUCGACGAGUGCGCCGGCUGCGAUAACGAGGUCGGCGCGUCGAUCCAUAUCUGGAAGAACUACAGUCUUGACCCCAGUGUCGGGCAGGUGGACAUCAAAUGGUCCGACGUGCCGGACGAGGCCUAACUCAAACUAAAACUUAAACAUGCAUGCAUGCAUGCAUCCAUG